AGAGGAGGUUGCCUCACUUCAGUGUUGUCAUCACAGUGGUGUGGAGGCCUCUCAACCUCCUCCCGCAGCACCACCUCUCUGCUGCCAGGUGCCCUCUGCUCUGUCCAGUCACUCAGUGCCUCACCCUCCAGUGCCUCACUCACCAGUGCCUCACCCACUCUGCCACGGGAGACGAACGCGCGCGCGCGCAAAAGUGCGGACGUCACCUACUCCAGUCCUGAAUUUGUAAUAAUUAUUAUUUCUGUUCAUUAUUGUGAUUGUGCGUGAUUGUGGUUGGUGGAGCAGCUUGCGGGUUAUUGCGGUGCGGUUAAUGGCCGCGCGUGUGGGUGGGCUGGGAUAACCGCAGUGUGAGGGCUGUGGCCGCGGUUAAUGGAGGUGUGCAGGGGCCUGGGAGUGGACUCAGGCGUGAUGCUGGCCAGAGGCAAGACCACCACCACCGCGCCCUCUGAGGCCGCGUGCGCCUGUCCGGCCUGCUGCUGCUACUGCGACCUCUACUCCCUGGCCGAGUGGGCGUACCGCGACAAGCUGCCCUACCCGCCCGCGCCCGUCACCUACUCCCCCGCGCCCCACCCGUGCCCGGAGAUGACCCCGGGGGAGGGCGUGCCCGCCGCGCUGCACAACCCUCACGUGCACGUGUCGCCAGACGUGGCCGCAGCCUUCCUGCUCUCGCUGGACCUCCUGCGGCCACACUCCUCGCAGUACCACGCCCUCCACCACGCCCUCGAGAACCACGCCUUCAAACACGCCAGUCACCGGCGCUCGCUGUCGUCUGGGACUCCUGGCGUGGUGGUGAAGCCCGGGGAGGGGGAGGGAGGGGGUGUGGUGAAGGGUGGUGGUGGGGGGGGCCACACCACAGAUCAUCCCCCACCUCCCCCGCCUAUUUACCCCUCCUCCGCCAACCUCCACAUGCCGCAUUACCAGAUAGACCCGUCCAUACGGGUGACUGGUGGCGGCGGCGGCGGCGGCAACUUUACCGCCCUGGAGAGAGCCCUCAGGUACCCGGAGCAGCCCUUACCGCACGCCUCCACGCCCUCUCCCGCCCUCACGCCCAACUCCUGGCUGCCCUACCCCAUCUUCGUCCCGGAGUCCGAGCGGGAGCAGCAGGAACAUGAACUACGGAGAUUACAUGACAGGAGAAACACACCAUCCAAGCAGUGA